GUAAAAAAACAUUCAGCCAGCUUGUGUAUCAAGAUGAGAAUGAUUUGUAUUAUGCUAAGGAGAACAAGAUUGUUGACUAUCCUCGAUUUCAUCACCGUGGUUUCAUGAUUGACACAUCAAGACACUACCUCAAGUUGUCCAUCAAAAAAAAAUUCCUGGAUGCAAUGUCAUAUGGCAAGUUCAAUGUUCUUCACAAAAAAAUUGUUGAUGACCAGUCUUUUCCAUUUGUUAGCGAUAAGUUCCAAAAAAAAAGCGGUCAGGGUUCGUAUAACAACAAGACUCACAAAAAAAAUCAAGAUGAUGUCAAUAAAGUAAUUGAGUAUGCAAGAUUACGAAAAAAAAGAGUUGUACCUGAGUUUGAUACUCCCGGUCAUACCUUUUCAUGGCGAAAAAAAAAGAACUUGCUUACAAAGUGUUACAAAGAUGGCAAACCUGAUGAAAAAAAAUCCUUAUCUCUGGGACCAAUUGACCCYAAAAAAAAYGCCAACUAUGACUUCCUAAAGACAUUUUUCACUGAAAUUGCUCAACGUUACCCUGACAAAUACAUGCAUCUUGGUGGUGAUGAAGUCCCAUUUGGCUGCUGGCAGAGCAAUCCUGUUAUUACUGCAUGGAUGAAGUCACAUGGGAUAGCAGGGAAUUAUUCGCUACUAGAACAAUAUUAUGAACAGAAGUUAUUAAACAAAAAAAACAGCCUUGGUAAGGAAUAUAUUAUAUGGCAAGAAGUGGUUGAUAACAAUGUCAAGGUUCUUCCAGACACUGUUGUCAAUGUGUGGAAGGGAGGAUGGCAGGCAGAGAUGGCAAAAGUUACUGGUACAUUUGGUCUGAAGGAAAAAAAGUCAUCAUGUUGGUAUUUGAAUUACAUCAGCUAUGGACUAGAAAAAAAAAAGUACUAUCAGUGCGAGCCAACAGAAAAAAACGGAACGGAUGCACAGAAAGAGCUUGUCAUUGGUGGGACUGGAAAAAAAUGGGGUGAAUGGGUUGACGGCACCAAUAUAUUACCAAGAACAAAAAAAAUGCCGCGUGCAAAAAAAAUUGCUGAAAGACUUUGGAGUAGCAAAGAGACCACAGAUCUGGAAAAAAAUGGAAUGAGGAUUUGGGAACACAGAUGUCGUUACUUAAGACGUGGUAUUCAAAAAAAAAAUGCAAUUCAAUCCAAGUACUGCAGACAUGAAUGGCCACUUGAUUGAAUUACCUGAUAGAUUGUUUGCUGUAUCUGUUCAACAUAGUCAUGUAGAUGCAAAUUAAGUUGUUGACAAUGGCUUACACUCGAUAGAUGUCAAAAAAAAUAAAUGGGAGCAAUUUGUAAUGUUAUAGAAGUUAUUAUCUUAAAAAAAACUUCAUGUGGUCGAAAUAUUCACAUUCAAUGUGAACACUUACAUGCAUGAGUCAACUUCCAAUGCAACAUGAAAUAAGUUGUUUUCCUGGAAAAUACCAGAAUAAUCCUUGAAUCGAUCAGUUAAAGUCACGUGAUUAUAAAAAAAUAACUAGAAGUCAUUUUCUAUYCUCAGCAGUCCUGGCUAGCAAAAAAAAUUCAACUUUAUUGACUAUUUUACAUUGAUUAUAAAGAAAAUUGAAAAACCUGUGAUUAUACAUGGAAUAAUAGAAUUAUCAACAAUAAAUGAUUAAUAUAAUUGAA